AUUGAUGGGCGAAAAGGACAAAGCAAGCCGUGUUAGGUUCAAAGGAAGGAGACCCGACGAACGAGAGAAACAGACAGUCGUAAAGGCCCCCUUCUCUGCUUUUCACGAUCAUACCCACUUCCCCCAUCUACCUUUCACUGCUCCUCUUACGAAACAGAGCUUCGGUUUUCAGGUGUUCGUAAUCUUUUUGCCAUUUUUCUGAUCUGGGCUAUGCUUAUUUCGACUUCAAUCCUUUCCAAUUCAUGAGAUUUUGCAGUGCAUUGCGAUUUAUUCUUCAACAUUUUUGUUUACUUCUUUAAUGGAAAUGAUGGAUUACAAUUUGGGGCUCUGUAUCUCUCUGGUUUUGUUAUGCACAUCAACUGUUUGUUUUUGUGCCACUGACCUAAGUGAUGUCAAAAUCUUGAAUGACUUAAGAAUGGGGUUAGAAAAUCCAGAGCUUCUCAAAUGGCCUGACAAUGGAGAUGACCCAUGUGGGAUUCCUCCAUGGCCUCAUGUUUAUUGUGCAGGUGAUAGAGUUUCUCAGAUUCAGGUUCAGGGCUUGGGUCUAAAAGGACCCUUGCCUCAGAAUCUUAACCAGUUAUCUAAGCUCUCAAACUUGGGUCUCCAAAAGAACAAGUUCAAUGGGGCAUUGCCUUCUUUCAGUGGCUUAUCAGAGCUGGAAUUUGCUUACUUAGAUUUCAAUGAGUUCGACACGAUCCCUUUAGAUUUCUUCAAUGGAUUAACCAACAUUAGGGUAUUGGCUUUGGAUUAUAAUCCUUUCAAUGCCACUGCUGGAUGGUCUCUUCCUGAUGAGCUUGCUAAGUCGGUUCAGCUGACGAAUCUUUCAUUGGUUCAUAGCAAUCUAGUUGGGCCUGUCCCUGAGUUUUUGGGGACAUUGCCAUCAUUGACAGCUUUGAAGCUUUCUUACAACCGGUUAACUGGUCCAAUUCCUGAAAGUUUUGGGCAGUCUUUGAUGCAGAUUCUAUGGCUGAAUGAUCAGGAUACCGGAAUGACCGGUUCGAUCGAUGUUGUUCCGUUGAUGACUUCUUUGACUCAGCUAUGGCUACAUGGAAACAAAUUCUCAGGGGUGAUCCCUGAAAAUAUUGGGGAGCUAGCAGCUUUGUCUGAUCUUAAUCUCAAUAGAAACCAACUUGUUGGUCCGGUUCCUGAGAGCUUGGCCAAGAUGAACCUUGACAAUCUGGUCCUCAAUAAUAACUUUCUAAUGGGUCCGAUACCGGAGUUCGAGGCUCGUAAUGUUACUUAUGAUUACAACUAUUUUUGUCAGUCUAAACCAGGUCUACAAUGUGCCCCAGAAGUUACUGCACUUUUGUAUUUUCUUGGCAGUCUGAAUUAUCCUAUACGUCUUGCAUCGGAGUGGUCGGGUAAUGAUCCAUGCCAAGGGCCUUGGUUGGGACUUAGUUGCAAUCCUGAGUCCAAGGUUUCGAUGAUCAAUCUGCCCAAGCGAGGACUUCUUGGUACUUUGAGUCCUUCUAUAUCGAACUUAGAUUCGUUGAUCGAAAUUCGAUUGGCUGGCAAUAAUAUUAGUGGUAUAGUUCCUCAGAAUUUUACGAGUUUGAAAUCUUUGAGGUUGUUGGAUUUGACUGGAAACAAUUUCGAGCCUCCUUUACCGAAAUUUCGAGAUGAUGUUAAAGUUUUAACGUUGGGAAAUCCUUUUUUGGUUUCUAAUCAUUCUGCAGUGCCUCCUUUACCGAUUACACAUCCACCACUUACCAGUGUGUCGCCUCCCCUAGACGAUCCCUCAGGUGAUGCGUCAUCGAGGAGUCCAGUUCCUGGAUCUCCAAUUACAGUAAGGAAUUCCUCUUCAUCUGUCCAUGUCGAAACUGAGAUGCAAAAGUCUUCGAAGACGAGAAGAAUUAUGUACGUGGUUGCCACGGUUCUCAUUAUAGUCAUGAUAUUUCUAUCAGCAUUGUUCUGUAUCUUCUGCUUUAGGAGGAGAAAACGAGCUGCCGAAUCUCCAACUUUUGUGGUGCACCCGAAAGAUCCCUCGUACCCUGAAAGCAUAGUUAAGAUUUCUGUGUCGAAUAAGAACACAGGAAACGUAUCGAAUCAAACGGGAACUAGCAUGACAAGUACUAAUAGUGGUGGAACUGAGAGUUCUCAUGUGAUUGAGGAUGGGAAUUUGGUUGUAGCUGUUCAAGUUCUCCGCAAGGUGACCAAUAAUUUUUCCCUCGAAAAUGAGCUCGGCCGAGGUGGCUUUGGAACGGUCUAUAAAGGUGAGUUGGAGGACGGGACGAAAAUAGCAGUGAAGAGAAUGGAGGCUGGAUCAAUCAGUAAUAAAGCAUUAGAAGAGUUUCAAUCCGAAAUCGCAGUUCUUUCACAUGUUAGACAUCGACAUUUGGUAUCGCUUUUGGGGUAUUCCAUAGAAGGAGCUGAAAGGCUUCUUGUAUAUGAGUAUAUGUCUCAAGGUGCUCUUAGCAAGCAUCUCUUCCAUUGGAAAAGUUUUAAAUUGGAGCCUCUACCUUGGAUGACUCGGCUGACGAUUGCGCUCGAUGUUGCCCGGGGAAUUGAAUAUCUACAUGGUUUAGCCCGACAAACCUUCAUACAUCGAGAUCUUAAAUCGUCUAAUAUUCUUCUGGACGAUGAUUUUCGAGCAAAAGUUUCAGAUUUUGGACUCGUGAAGUUGGCUCCAGAUGGGGAGAAGUCUGUAGCAACUAAGCUUGCUGGUACAUUUGGAUACCUAGCACCUGAGUAUGCAGUGAUGGGGAAGAUCACUACAAAAGCUGAUGUAUUCAGUUUCGGCGUGGUGCUAAUGGAGCUUUUGACCGGAAUGAUGGCAUUGGAUGAGGAGCGACCGGAGGAAAGCCGGUACUUGGCCGAAUGGUUUUGGCGAAUCAAGUCGAACAAAGAAAAGCUAAUGUGUGCGAUCGAUCCAUCUCUAUCGGUAAACGCCGAGGUGUUCGAGAAGGUCUUCAUAAUCGCUGAAUUGGCAGGACAUUGCACAGCUAGAGAGCCAACUCAUCGGCCCGACAUGGGACAUGUGGUGAACGUGCUUUCGCCUUUGAUCGAGAAGUGGAAACCAAUUGACGACGAUGCGGAUAGUAUGUCGGGGAUUGAUUACAGUCUACCGCUUCCUGAAAUGUUAAAGGUAUGGCAGGAAGCAGAGAGCGGGGAGACGAAGUUUAGGAGCCUUGAAGACAGUAAGGGAAGCAUUCCCGCCCGACCCACCGGAUUUGCAGACUCCUUCACCUCUGUUGAUGGAAGAUGAGUAAACUCCACAUUGCAAAGGAACUAUUACCAUCUACCUCAGCUGAAUAUAAGUUAAUCAGUUAAAAGCAGUUGGAGCUGGGUUUAUGAGCUUUUGAUUUCACUCUUUGUUUUGUUUUGUGUUCCUUUAUUUAUGUCAUGCUUUCUUUAUACAAAGCUUUUUACUGUGUAAAAAAUUGUUAGCUGAUUGGAAAUAUCAUUAAUAUUAUCAAAUAUAAGCUUAUAAUUAUA